AUGCAAGCUGCAUUAGACGAGGUGGAGAAACCUGUUAAACGAGGUAAGAAAGCCAUUACUAAGAAAGAAGAUACUGCAGAUACUUCUUCCAAACCCACUAAGUCAAAGAAAAGGAAAGCUGACAAGGGUGAUUCCUCUACUUCAAAGAAAGAAGAGCAACAUGAAGGUUCACCUCGGGGUAACACACCUCCUCGACCUCCAACUCCGGUGGAUAUUGUUGAUGAAUCUGUUCCAACACCCCCUUUGUCUCGACCUAAGACAACAGUUCAGGUUACCAUUGCUCCUCCACCCCCAUCUUCAUCACCACCUGUUUCUACAAUUGCUCCACAACCGCCUGUCAGUUCUACUCCCGUCACCACUGCCCCAUUACCACCUCCUAUUUUCUCCAAUGCAACCUUCACCACUACACCUAUCAUCACUUCUACCAUAGAUUCUUCUAUGAACGUCAACACAUCUGAUGUGGGGGCGAAGACUGAAGAACCUCUUAAAGUCACAACCGAGCCCAUUUCCCCAACUCCUUCUAGUUAUUCUAAUCCAACUCUUGGAGGAGCUGAAUUUGAAUUUGAUUCUACUUAA